CCACUUCUUGAUGCCUGAAUUGGCUUUCCUGGAGGCAACACUUCCUGUCUGUGACUGACAAGAAGGACUGUUUCUGGAAGAAAUCAUUCCUGUUUUCAGCUUUGUAUGCUGCCUUUAUAUUUGGUGGUCGGCACCUUAUGAAUAAACGAGCAAAAUUUGAACUGAGGAAACCACUAGUGCUCUGGUCCCUGAGCCUUGCAGUCUUCAGUAUAUUCGGUGCUCUUCGAACUGGUGCUUAUAUGCUGUACAUUUUGAUGACCAAAGGGCUGAAGCAGUCAGUUUGUGACCAGAGUUUUUACAAUGGACCUGUCAGCAAAUUCUGGGCUUAUGCAUUUGUGCUAAGCAAAGCACCUGAACUAGGAGAUACAAUAUUCAUUAUUCUUAGAAAACAGAAGCUCAUCUUCCUACACUGGUACCACCAUAUUACCGUGCUGCUUUAUUCUUGGUACUCUUAUAAGGACAUGGUGGCUGGCGGUGGCUGGUUCAUGACAAUGAACUAUGGCGUGCACGCAGUCAUGUACUCUUACUACGCCUUGAGGGCUGCUGGCUUCAGAGUUUCACGCAAGAUUGCCAUGUUCAUCACCUUAUCGCAGAUCACUCAGAUGUUGAUUGGCUGUGUAGUUAAUUACCUGGUCUUCUCCUGGAUGCAACAGGGCCAGUGUCAUUCCCAUGUUCAGAACAUCAUCUGGUCUUCUCUCAUGUACCUCAGCUAUUUUGUGCUAUUCUGCCAUUUCUUCUUUGAGGCCUACAUCGGCAAAACCAGGAAAGCAAGGAAGGCUGACUAGUGAUAGAAACAAGAUGGAAGCCAUAGCUCAGGGUCAUCAAGAAAAACAAAAGUAAAGAAAAAAAAUGGCACAAGGAAACACAUGUACGGUGCAGCUAAAACUCAGCAGCUUAGGGAAAGUCAGCUUGGUUUAACCCAGUAAGUUCAUGAUCCUAUCAUGGUGAGGACUCACUGAAUUUUACCCCUUCUCAAAGGACUGCUGAUGAAAGACAUCUUCUUUCUUGUACCUGUCUGCUCUCAAAAAAAAAGAAAAAAGAAAUAAAUAGAAGCAAGGGAGAAUAACAUUGUGAAAAACACAUAUUAAAUAAGCAUUGUGUUUCCCAAGGAUGGACGAGGAGACUUUUAUUAAAAAUGAGUUAUUUCUAUAUCCUUUCUAAUCUUUUUCAGUAUUAAACGUGAACAAAACAAAGCAGAGAGGAGACAAAUGGGUUUUGUCUAUGAUACCAGUAAUGUUGCAGAAUUAAUAACUUUUUACUAAGGGGUUGGCAUCUUUAGCCAAAAUGUGAAAAUUGAAAGGAUAUAUUGAAUGUCUGUUAUGGAAAGUGGGUGAACGCUAUUGAAGCAGCGAAUGGAAAUGCUGAGAGUAUAAUUUCUCCACCGUGUACUGUGCAGGACAUGCAGAUCUGGUACACAAAAAAUCAACCCUUUCAGCAGGCAGAGAGGAGCAGUACUUUUACAAGAUUUCAAUAUCAUGAGAUGCACUGCUGCAGUACUCAGUGCAUUUUUCAAGUGCAUUUUUGAUCAAAGGAAAGUAAUUUCCACAGCAGAAUUAGACCUAGAGGGUUAAAUCAAUCAAGCUUUGUUAAAUGACCUGAGGUUAACAACAGAGAAAUGUACAGGGCCUAGAAAAAGAGAACUCCCUAAUCUGCUUUUUAAAAUUAUCUGAAAUUAUGCAGUAGUAGAACUGUGAGUGAAGUAAAUUAGAAAAAAUGAGAAAACCCAAAGAAUUAGGGAGAGCUGAAAUCUCUAUAUAAAUUACACAGCGCAUAUGUCAUAUUUCUGUGAAUCUCAGAAAGAAUAUCUGCAACCAUCAUAGUGUUCUGCAGGACUGUAUGUGACAUUGGGUAACACUGUGCUUCUGCAUUUGCUUUAUGAGCAGUGCAAAGAUGUUUAAAGUGCCCUCCUCUGGUCAUGUGGAGAUACUACAACAAAAACAUACUUGGAAUUUGGGGAUUUUUUAGAUUUGUAUAGAAAAAUCAGUCUAAAUGGCAUAAUUUUGCUGCAACAACUUAACUCUAAUGUCCAGAGAGAAUUAUCCUUAAUUAAAGAGAUCUGUAGAAUCUGUACUGUAGCAUCCUACUGACCACUUCAGAAGAUAUCUGAUUCUCAAGUUAGCUACAAUUAUGAGAAACAAGGUAUUUCACUCUGAACCGCAGAGAGUUAGUUGAUAAGAGCCAUACACUUUCAGAGAAAAGUAGAUUGCAUUAUCUGUAAUAUUUCAGUCUUUACAAAGCCAAAUAAAAUGUGUAAAAGUUCCUUGUAUUUCAAAGAAGCAAGUAUGUAAACUUGAUGUUAAAUGUGUUAAAUGUAGUAUUCUAAAUUGUAUCAGUUAGAUAGUUUAACUAAGCAAUUAGAAGACCUAGAUCAACAGAAUAGGAGCUGCUGUUUUGCAUAGGAUAUACACACAACCUAUAACUACACCCAUAUACACGUUAUGUGAGUUGUCAACAAGAUAAAAAAAAAGCCCAUUGGCAGAGAAUCACAUUUUCUGGCUUACGCAAAAGAUUGUCAUUAUCUUUCUUGCUUUAAUUUGAGAUUGUGCAGUGCAGAGGGGGUUUCUUAUUAUUAUUUUAGCUUUAAUUGUUCUGUCAUUCAUGAAACGGAGCUGCUUGAGUAUCCUGUUAGAGAUGACAAGGGCUUUCCAUGUCUAAUCAUAUACAAAAGAAAAAAAAUAAAGUUACAUUCCACAUUAACAUGAAUGGUCUCAAAAAGAAUCAGAAAGCCCUCGUGGGCUAAAUCACAACUGUAACAGGCAGGAAAAACAUUUGGGGUAUUUAAGUUAUUGAUGUUCUGGCAUUAUUUUAUGGGACACAAAACGAACAGCAAAAUGUAAUAUUAAAUUAUAGAACUACUAUAUAAAUGGAAAUAUUAGACAAACCCCCAGUUACAUGUGUGACCCAUUUAUUUUACAGCUUUGGGAGCAGAUAAAUAUAAUGUGCAAUAAGUCUCUUUUUCCUGCUUAAUUUUGCCCUAUUUAAAGGCAGCAAUAACUGAAGUAAACUAAUUAAAAAUGGAGAAGGAAAAAUUACAGUUGAAUAAAAUCAGAACAGAAGCAUCAGUAAACAGCCCACCAUUGUGCCAUUGCCAGUUCUGUGUCUCUUUCUGCAGGGACUGAAAUGAACGAAAAGGAGAUGAAAGUGAUCCACACUUGUCUUGAAAUUAGGAGUGAACAUUGGCCUCGCAGAUGUCAAUGAGAGGUUUGCCAUUGACUUGAAUGGGGCAGGAUUUCACCCAAUAUCUGCUCAGUGGGGAAAACAGUAUUCGUUUUCAGUUAUUUGAAGCUUUAUUAUUUAAAUACCCAACAAAUAUUACAAAUAAACUGGGAUUCUCAUAGGUAGAUAAAGAUUUUUAGCUUGAGCUUGAGGGUGCAACUUAAGGAUGAAACAUUAGAUUUUUUAACAAGCAGUAUUUCCAAACAACUUACAGUAUUUUACAUAUCAUGUUUUUAUUUCUCAAGAUAGAAACAAAUUAAUAUAGCACUUAAAUAUGUAGGGCCAGAUUGCUGUACUCUUGUACUAGAUGAAAUCCUGGGAGCUUUGGCAUUGACUUCAGUGGAACCAGAAUUCCACCAUUGAAUAGUACCUUGCUCCUCUAGGAAAUUCCCACUGAGUUCUACCAUUUGCAUGGAAAAUCAUUCUAAUGCAGUAAUUUUCCUGCAACAGCUUAACUUAGGAGUUCUGUUCACCUAUGGAGGUCAAUGGGAAUACUUGAGCAGUAGAGGAGUCUUCACAUAAGUCAGUUGGUCUACUCAGAUAAAAAAAAUUGUGUGAAUAAGGGAUUGCAAAAUGAGAAACAUGAGAUUUUUCGUAGCAAAUGAGAGAAAAUGGACUAUAAUACUGAAAUGAAAACUGCAGUUUACUUUUUCAGCUGGCACACCAGAGACUUAUGUAUUUCUCUCCUAUUAUACUGUUGUAGCAGACCAUAGGAUUUUACUCCUGACGUUUUUACUAUAGUCAAUUCUGAUAAAUGAAUUUAAAGGAAUAAAAUCACCCAUGUUACAUUUUUAUUUAAUAAAUAUGCAUACAUUAUAUUCAGAGACCCCACCAACUAUACAGCAUCAAAGUUAAACAUAUUGAGAUCAGGUUAGUCCUAGCAUGUAAAGCCACCUUACUUCAGGCACUUAACAUUUAAGUCAGGCCCUAAAAUGCCAUUAGCUUUAUAAAUACAUGUGGGUUUUCUUUGUCUCUGUAGUUUCAGAAUUUGGAGUGCAUAUGUCAUCUUCUUUUGUUCACUGCCAUGAAGGCCAGAAACUUACUUUAAAAAAGUAUGGAGAAAUUCUGCUGUGUUCAUGUGACUUACAGAGUUCAGACUUUAAGAAAAACACUAAAUACUAUGGGACCUGCAAUAAAAUCACGAGAGAUGAUAAAAUUGUUUAUUGGAUUAAUUUGGCUUAUUAAAGUCAAGGAAGUUACAGUUUACUGGGGCAACAUUCUCCAUGUACAUAUCCUCAAAACAAGCUAGUGUGUAAACUUAUAGUGCAUUUAACUACUCUGCAGCAACUGCCAGUGUGUGAAUACACCCUGUAAAUAUCAGACAGCUUCCCUCUCCAUGAAAGUGGGGUAAACCAGUUUAUAUUUGCUGUGGAUUAACAGUGUGUACACAGGCAUUUGCCAUAAAGUAGGUAUUGCUUGCUAAAUUCACUACCUUGCUUUAUUCAUAAUAACAUACCAAUAGCAUAGCAUACCCAUAAUCUGCCUCACAUAGGUAUGAAUCCAGGAUAAUUUUGCUGCAAUGAUUUCUAUUCAUACUAAUGCAGCUAAGAGCAAAGGUCUGGCUCAACAUCUCUACUGCUUAGUGAAUAUUUAAAGAAAAGAUUUUCACUUGAUUAAUAAAAUGUCAAAAAGUAAGGUAAUUCUGAAGGCUCCUAAGUUUUAUCUUUGAGAAAAUAACCCAUGCUUACCAACAUUCAGAAAUCACAGUCACAAAUGAUAUGUGUCUGAUUUCCCUCGGUGCACAUAAGAGUGACUGGAUGCAAAGAAGGAUCACUCACAGGCUGCCUACCAGUAAAAUGUCACAGUGAACUAACAAAGUAUCUAGGUUAUGUGAUAAAGACACAACUGUGCAAAUGAAAUAACGUCAACGAGUAAACACCAUAGAAAAAUCAUAUUAUUACACAUCACAAUAAAAACAAGGGAAAUUAUCUCAUUUUCCAGGAGUUAGUAUUUCCUGGUAAAACCUGUUUACAUGGCAAUAAGCUUUUACAUCUAGCAUCCUAAUUUUAAAAGGCUGACUUUUAAAUUUUGAACUUUUCCGGAUAGACAUAUAAUGAAGGGAGGUUGUAUCUUACAAUUCCCACUGUCAUAGCUAGUGAAAUCAUGCUUCCAUCCUUUGGUUGUGCAGUUAAUCACACAGCUGCUUCCCUGAUUGUAAUCAAGUGUAUGAGAGUUUCAGAAUUGUUCUGUGAUUAUAUUUAUAUAGAAAUAGUUUGACAGUUUGUGACCUUGAAGUCUUGAUUUCAGUAUGCUCCUUCACUCUCAUAAAGUAAACUCUUAAUGAACCCGUUGAGUCUGAAUUAACAAAUACAGGAGUGAGCCAAAUUUAUCCGGUAUUCAGGUAACUGGAUUUAUGUAACAGAGCACAUACCUAAAUGAUGACAAUGAUGAAAAAAAUCAGCCUCUGUGAGCAAGUGCCAGAUACAGUAUGUUAGUGCAAUAUAAUAUAUCAAAACCAAUCAGCUAUUUGCUUUCUACCCUGUAUUUCAAACCCAGUUAUAAAAGUAUAUGUUUACAUGAACAUUUAAAUAAGUAUGCUCCAUGUUCAUUAUUAAUAAGAUAGCUCUGAUGGAGGAAAUUUUUUAAUGGAUGAUGAACCCUUUCUUUAGCAUAAUCUGUACCUCAGACAUUCAGGGCCUGAUCCAGUGCCUACUGAAGUCAGUAGAAACAAGUUCAUUGACUUCACUGGCUUUCAUUCAGGCCAUUAGAGUCUACUUCUGCAAUGUCAUGAAAGACCUAAAUUCUGUUGUAUCCAUUGUGCAAUGAAUUUGCUUUAUACUUCCCAGGCCCUGAAAAUAAUCCUUAGCCACGUUACCCUGAGACACAUCCGUGCAAUCUUUGAAAGGAAAUAAAUUACGAGGAGAAAUCUUCAAUAUUUUUCUAUACUUUAAAUUCAAGUAAUGUACAUAAAAACAACAUAUUUUACAAGGCUCUAAUCCUGUAGCCAUUCCCGUGCCCAUCCAGGACUCCACUGAAGUCAACAAAGGCACAGACACUGAGGUUUCUGCCCAUACAGGACCAACUGCAGGAUCAGUUCCUUGCUAAUCACGUUUUUCUAUGGGAGCCAAAACCAUGUGUAGGAUUCAAGAAAACCAGCUACCCAAACUAGAUUAGAUCAGCUUUGGAGACCUUUCCUGGAACAUCAGUCUAGCUCAAUGGAAUGCUGCUUUUUCCUACUAGGCGAUGUGAUUUAGAACCUCCUUCCUAUUGGAUGUGAAACAGCAUUCCCCUGACAUAAUAGCAUUCCUGAAAAGUCUUGCUUUUUCCUAGUCUUGGACAGUUUCAAAUUAGUCCAUCUGCUGAAAAACACAGCACUGACUGACUCACCACAUGCUUUAGGCUUCUUGGAGUCUUAAAGUUCAAGUUAGAUUUCUAUUCAGAUAAAAUUAAAUAUGUGUACAAUAACUAGGAGAGACUAGAAUGAGAUAUAUCUUUAUUUUACCAUUUUAAAAUGGCUAUUUCACUGCAUAAAAGGAACUUUUUAUUUUUAUUUUUUUUUGGUAUAUUGAUAUUGAAAAUAAAAUUUUAACUUUUGGUUCAAAAUAAAACAUAUUUCUGUGGGUUUUUUUUUUCCUUUAUACACAUAAUUAUCUCUUAGGUGUAAUAAUUUGCUAUAUCAUGUGUGGUUUUUGAGGAGAUAAAGGCAAUUCUCUGCCCAUCAGACUGUAAUAUUCCUACUGUAUAUCUCACCUCAUACCACACUUCUACCAUCAUUUUAUAUAUCUAUUCAUGAACGCAUACAGGACCACUGUGUCUCUAUUCAUGUAUGUGCAGGUAUGUGUUUGUGUGAUCUUUUUCAAUGUAUUAAUAAAUUUAAUUAUUUUCUA